AUGAAAACACGGCGGCAGAAUAGCGUCUCCGGUGAUCGUCUUCCCAUCACCACCCAGCGUAACAAGCGAUCUAAGACCUCAGGGAACUCCUCCUCAUCGCCGAUCCCAAUUGAUGUCCUGAUCGAGAUAUUCCGGAUCCUUCCGGUGAAGUCAAUAGCGACAUGUCGUUGCGUGUCGAAGCUCUGGUACUCCACACUCCGCCGUCCAGAUUUCACCGAGCUGUUCUUGAGCAGGUCUUGUUCCACAAGCCCUAAGCUAUUGUUCGCAUGCAUAAAGAACAGAGACGUGUUCUUCUUCACGUUACCUCAGCCUCAAAAUCCGGAUGAGAAGUCGCCUUCUGUACUAGUCGCCGAUUACCAUAUGAAGUUCUCCUUUAAUGUUCCCUAUGACAUCAGUUAUGGUCUCAAUGGUCUUUUCUGUCUUUUGAGUAAGCGAUUCUCAAAGGGGAUGGAAGAAAUAGGGCCGGUGAUAUGGAACCCUAGCACCGGAGAAUCCGUAAUCUUACCCGAAGUGAAGGCGAGGAAAGUUACGGUGAAGUGUUUGUUUGGUUAUGAUCCGAUUGAUAAACAAUUCAAGAUAUUGUGCAUGACAAAGCAAUUAUAUGGAAGUCUCGACGAUGAGGCGUGGGAGCAACAACAAGUUCUGACAUUAGUAAAACAAAAAAUGUCAUGGAGAAUGAUAGAGUGUUCCAUACCCAUUUACACUGUGCAUAAUCCGAUUUGCAUCAAUGGUGUUUUGUCUUUUAUAUCCAUUAAACGGUUUACAAAGACUUGUGUGAUAGUUUGCUUUGAUGUUAGAUUAGAGAGUUUCAGCUCUAUGGAAGCCAAGGGAGCUCUCAAUGGAGCAUUGCUUAAUGGAGGAACUCUUGUAAACUACAAUGGCAAGUUAGGUUGUGUGGUUAACUCUGAGCAGAAUGGAAUGCAUCUGAGAUUUGAUGGAACAUGUAGAAGUUUGAAGCUGUGGGUUCGUGAAGAUGUAGAGAAAGAGGAAUGGUCUGAGCGUAUAUACUUAUUGCCUGCUAUGUGGAGGAAUGUAGUUAGAAAUGCUGUGUUAAGCUUUGUUGGAGUGACUCGGACAAAUGAGAUUGUGUUCUCGUCGUACGAUCCAGCAUACUCUUUUUACCUUUACUAUCUUAAUCUCGAGAGGAACACUGUCGUAAGAGUUGAAAUCCAAGGAAUGGAUACGUCUAACUGUUGGGUAUAUUUCACUUGUUUAGACCAUGUAGAGGAUGUGAAGCUUUAUGAACGUGAAGCAGAGCAGAGGAAAGAAGAUUGCGGUUCUCUCGAAAUUCUAGCCACUUACAAAUUGCAGAUUGACUUUUGCGAAUUAAUCCUGUCUGACAUUAAGCUUAACCAUACGUACGGAUCCAAAACCUGUCCUAUCUUUGAGCUGGACUUUCCGAGUGAAUACAUCACAGCAGUGGAUGGUUGUUUCGACAAAGUGAUUGGAAGUGAAAGUGGAGUUAUAACCAUAUCCUUAAGUUCAAGACCAACAAGCGAACCUCUCCCCCUUUUGGACUUGAAUCGACCUCAAGCUUCCUCAUUGAGAAGGAAGGUUACAAAAUCGUAG